ACUUACAGUAGCAGCUUCACACACUUCCACUUGUCCCUGAAACCAGGAAUCGAGAAUGAAUAAACUAAACAGACACAUAAACGCCAGGAAACUCUGUCCGCCUGUCUCUGUCACCUGCGGGUUCUCCAAUAAACCUCACUGAUCAGCAUUAAUCAACUGUAUUCAUGUGCAGUAUGUAUGAGGAUGCUGCAAGUUACCAGUCUGGAGCCACAUAGACCAGUUGCAGCAGGUUCAGUAGAGUAAGGGAAGAGGACACACCCACAUACCUGUAAACUAUUAUUGUGUGUAUCUGUGAGAAAGGUUCUCAACAUGUGUCAGAAGAUCCUGGUGACAGGAGGGGGUGGAUAUAUUGGCAGCCACUGUGUUGUGGAGCUCAUUGAGGCUGGCUAUCACCCUGUGGUCAUCGAUAACUUCAGCAAUGCUGUCAAAGCACUCCUUUUAUGCAGUGAUGCACUUUGCGGGACUUAAAGCUGUGGGUGAAUCAGUAGAACAGCCUUUAAGAUACUACAGAGUCAAUCUCACAGGAACCAUCAAUCUACUGGAGGUGAUUCAGUCUCAUGGGGUGUGUAAUCUGGUAUUUAGCAGCUCAGCCACUGUCUACGGAAACCCCCAGAAACUCCCCAUCUACAAGCAGCAUGCAGUAGGUGGCUGUACCAACCCUAAUGGCAAGACCAAGUACUGCAUAGAGGAAAUGAUCAGGGACCAGUGCAUGGCAGAGAAGGACUGGAACGCUGUGCUGCUCAGGUACUUUAAUCCCAUUGGUGCUCACGUCUCAGGACAGAUUGGUGAAGAUCCACAGGGAAUCCCAAAUAACCUUCUGCCUUAUGUCGCCCAGGUUGCUAUUGGCAGACGUAAGCACUUGAAUGUGUUUGGCAAUGACUACAAUACACCUGAUGGAACAGGCCCCGUCUGGCGGUCCGAAGUUGUAGUACUCGGAACCGUCAUAUCCUUCCGGAGAUAGGAGGCAGGGGCGAGGAGCCUACCCCCGUGCUGGACGGGACUUAACUGAUGGUGGUGUGGUGGUGGAGGUUGCAGCGUUAGCACACUGAAACAGCAAUGUGAUAGAUUGUGAGCAGACUUAUAAAGCAAUGGCUUACAUGUGAUUGGCUGGGAAUUACCCAGCUAAUGGUGCGAUGAUGUACAGCUGCUAGUCUUCCCACUAGAAAUACGCUAUGCUUACAUAGA